AAACGCCGUGUGCAGCCGGGAGAUGGACACACCCUGCUGAUCCGGCCGGGACACAAACGGCGGGGGUGCUGCAGCCGCAGAGGGGGAACGUCAUCACCUUCCGAAGAACCGUCCUCUCAAAAAACCCGGUUUUCCGGCUGCACACAAGGUACUGGAGCUGUUCUGAGCCUGGGUCGGAGAAUGGUGAUGAGAGUGUGGCUUCUGCUGCUGGUCAGGCUCUCCGCCUGCGUCACUUUCCCCGAGAGAGAAAAGGACCCAGAUUACUGGAGGAACCAGGCCCAGACCACCCUGAGACACGCACUGGAGCUACAGAAACUCAACACCAAGCUUGCCAAGAACGUCAUCUUGUUCCUGGGAGAUGGUAUGGGGGUGCCAACGGUGACCGCAGCACGCAUCUUAAAGGGACAGCUUGCCGGGCAGCCUGGAGAGGAGACCGUGCUGGAGAUGGACAAGUUCCCAUACGUUGCCCUUGCAAAGACGUACAACACCAAUGCACAGGUGCCAGACAGCGCGGGCACUGCCACAGCCUACCUGUGCGGGGUGAAAGCCAACGAGGGGACGGUGGGUUUAAAUGCAGCAGCCGUGAGGGGCCAUUGUAACACCACCAAGGGCAACGAAGUACAAUCCAUCCUAAAGUGGGCUAAAGAUGCAGGAAAGUCCAUCGGCGUGGUAACCACAACCAGGGUAAACCAUGCCACGCCAAGUGCCUCCUAUGCCCACUGUGUCAACAGGGACUGGUACUCAGAUAACGAAAUGCCCAAGGAAGCGCUGGAACAAGGCUGCAAAGACAUCGCCUGGCAGCUGAUGUAUAAUAUUCAGGACAUAGAGGUCAUCAUGGGCGGAGGAAGGAAAUACAUGUUCCCUAAGAACACGUCAGACAUUGAGCAUCCCACAGACGAGAAGGCAAAUGGCACGCGCUUGGAUGGGUUAAACCUCACCCACGUUUGGCUGAAUAAGAAGGAUUCCAAAAAGGCUGCACGUUAUGUGUGGAAUCGGGAGCAGUUAGUGUCACUUAGACCUCAGGAUGUAGACUACCUCCUGGGUCUGUUUGAGCCGGGGGACAUGGUGUAUGAGCUGGACAGAAAUAAAUCCACAGACCCCUCCCUGUCAGAGAUGACAAGAGUGGCCCUCACCAUCCUGAAGAAAAACCCCAAAGGAUUCGUACUUCUUGUAGAGGGUGGACGGAUAGACCACGGGCAUCACGAUGGGAAAGCCAAGCAAGCGUUGCAUGAGGCUGUGGAGUUUGACAUUGCCAUCGGUCUGGCGGGGAGUAUGACCUCCGUGGAGGAUACUCUGACCGUGGUCACUGCCGACCACUCCCACGUCUUCACAUUUGGAGGCUACACACAUCGUGGCAACUCAAUUUUUGGUUUAGCCCCAGAACUAAGUGACACUGACAACAAACCAUAUACCUCCAUCCUCUAUGGAAAUGGACCUGGCUACAAACUAGUGGACAAAAGCCGGGAAAACGUCUCCACCGUGGAUUACACCCAGUCCACCUACAAGGCACAGUCGGCUGUUCCCCUGCGGCAAGAAACCCACGGCGGAGAGGACGUCGCUGUAUUUGCCAAGGGACCAAUGGCGCAUCUCCUGCAUGGAGUCCAUGAGCAGAACUAUAUACCACACGUCAUGGCAUAUGCCUCCUGCAUUGGGCAGAAUCAGGACCACUGCAACUCACGAAGCUCGGGGCAUAGUUCAAAGGAGUCUCUGACCCUGAUGUCCACUCUUCUAUCCGUCCUUCUCUCAUGCCUCUUGUUAUAAACAAUUAGUGGAGACCAACCAGCCCUACCUCUAUCCACACAGUCUCCGUUCUCCAGUUGGCACAGGCCCCAACUGCCAACAUUCUUCCAGGCCUGUCACCACUGCGGAACCCUCACCACCAGCGGGAAGGUCUCACUGACCCAGAUUUCAGUUUGUAUAAGACACAGGCCGGUUUGAUCUGAUCGUUCCACCAUUUCUGGAUUUGUAUAAAAACUACUCUGAAGAACCACAAUUGUUUACUACAACCAAGUCAUCGGAAGGCAGAGGCCACUGGUCCGACUUACCGCAAGAGCUAUGGUGUCCUGGAUUUCUACGCAGAAAGCAAUACGCUUACCAUUUCCCCCCCGAGGAAUUGCAAAUUGCGCACUGGAAACCUAAAGUAAAAGCUGUGAUUUUCCCGUCUACAUGUGUAGAACCGCCAUAUACACACAGCAUGGCAUGUCAUGAUGCACGUGUUCCUCCAGCCAAUAGACCUACAUAUAGCUAUAGUACGGGUCCCUGGGCCUGUAUAAUCCGCUGUACGUAUACAGGAACUCAGGAAAUCCAUAUAGCCAUCUAUUGAUGAACACUUAACAUCACUUUCCAGAUACACGCAACACAUCUAGGAACCUACUUACAGGGCAUUCUAUUACUUUAGGGGAACCAUCAUUGGUGAAGGCCCCCAUCUAUAGGCGCUCUGUGACCAGUCCUGUUUAGAACCAGUUAUUACUUGGACAUCAGGAAAACUGAAACAGAACCGCAGUAGAUGCAGUCGGAUUAGAGGCAUAGGAGGGGUGAGAAGAUUAAAUGACCCCAUUAACCUUCAAUGCGGCAAUCAGACAACACAUGAACAUCCCCGAGCGGCCUGUGUAACGUCCCCGUAGCCGCGGUACAGGAGGGUGUACCAUGUGUGUAGCACCAGCUAAUACAAUACUACAGACACAUAUGUACCAAAGGGAAGAGUUUAUAUUAAGAGAUUGUUUUGUACAGAGUGUCAGUUGUCGGUGGAAUAAGCCAUGUAAUAAAGCAAUAUGUGAUUGUA